UAUUUAUUCAUGAGUGCCUAUUUUCAUAUCAGUUCAAUACAAAAUUGAUCUUCUCAAAAGGGAUCAUUUCCUUUCUGAGAUAUAUGGAGACACAACACUUACUUUUCAUCUUCAUUUCACUCUCGCUCUUCCUUUCUUUCAUCUUUCAUUUAGUUCAUAUAUGGAAGAAAUCAAAAACCUUGAGCAAAAGGUUGCCUCCAGGGCCAUGGAGACUACCUUUUAUCGGUAACUUGCAUCAAUUAAUGAAUGGGCGCUUGAUUCAUCAUACUUUCAGAAAUCUAUCGCAAAGAUAUGGACCGAUCUUUCACUUACGUCUUGGAGAAACAUCAGUUAUUGUUGUAUCUUCACUUGAUAUGGCAAAAGAAAUAAUGAAAACUCAAGACCUUCAUUUUGCAACUAGGCCUCAAUUAAUGGCCGGAGAAAUUAUUAUGUACAAUCACUCGGACAUUGGAACAUGUCCAUAUGGUGAUUAUUGGAGAAACAUGCGCAAAGUGUGCAUCUUGGAACUUCUUAGUGCAAAGAUGGUCAAAUCAUUUAAUUCAAUUCGACAAGCAGAGAUGUCAAGUCUUAUUUCAUCGAUUAAUUCUAUGCCCAACUCAUUAAUCAACUUGUCAGACAAAAUUUUUUGGUUUACAAGUGUUGUAACUUGUAGGUCGGCUUUGGGAAAACUAAUCCAUAAUCAAGAUACCUUGAUAAUGUUGAUAAAGGAUGUCGCAUUAUUAGCUGCAGGAUUUGACUUGGCUGAUUUAUUUCCUUCCCGAAAAUGGCUUCACGGGAUUAGUGGAUUGAAGUCAAAAAUAUUGAAGGUUCACAAAGAAGCAGAUGUAAUUUUAGAGAAUAUCAUUAAUGAACAUCUGGAAAAUCUAGCAAAUGGUAAGAAGGGCAAUAUCGAGUCUGGUGGUGAAGACUUAAUCGAUGUUCUACUGCGAGUCAUGGAGAGUGACGAAUUGGGAACUUCCAUCACACAUAAUAAUAUCAAAGCAGUUAUUUUUGAUAUGUUCAUAGCGGGAGCUGAAACAUCAUCGGCAACAAUUAUUUGGGCAUUGGCAGAAAUGAUAAGAAAUCCAAGCAUCAUGGUUAAAGCACAACGUGAAGUCAGAGAAAUCCUGAAGGGAAAGAAAACAUUUGAGGACACUGAUCUUGAAGAGUUGAAAUAUCUAGAAUUAGUGAUUAAAGAGACAUUAAGGCUACACCCUCCUCUUCCUCUGUUACUCCCAAGGGAAUGCAGAAAAGAAACAAAAAUUGGCAAUUACACAAUACCUAUCAAAACCAGAGUCCUAGUGAAUGCAUGGGCAAUCGGAAGAGAUCCUGAAUAUUGGCAGUAUCCAGAAAGCUUUAUCCCUGAGAGGUUUGAAAAUAAUUCUAUUGAUUUCAAAGGAAAUCACUUUGAAUUUAUUCCAUUUGGUGCAGGUAGAAGAAUGUGUCCAGGUUUGUUAUUCGGCUUAGUGAAUGUAGGACAUCCUUUAGCUCAGUUGCUUUAUCACUUUGAUUGGAAGACUCCUUAUGAGGUUACUCCAGAUAAUUUUGACAUGGCCGAAACAGAUGGAGUAACUGCAAGAAGAAAGGAAGAUCUUUGUUUAAUUGCUACUCCCUUUGGUCUCUCUUAACAAACUUAAGGGCUUUUUCCCUUUGUUUAAAGUAAUUGUACAUUUCACUGGUUGCAACUUGUUUUUCAGCCAGCAGUGAUGAAUAAGAAGAUAAUAGUACUUACUUUAGAUAA